CGGGCGGAGGGAGGCGGGCGAGGGCGCGCGGCGGCGAGCGGGGCGGGGGGCGGGGGGAUUUCCAGCCGCGGCGCUUCGCAGUUUCCUCUCCUUGUUUUGCUUUCGAUCUGGACUGUUCUCAGGCCAGCCGGGGAGUAACUUUUAGUUUUGCUCCCGCGAUUAUUCAACUGACGGGCUUUCGUUUCCAUUUCCCACACCCUAGCAACACUUAGCCCUUGCGGGAUUGCACGGCUAGCGUGAAAAAGCACACGGAGAAGACGGAAAAUGCCGGGGUUCCUAAAAAUUAAUGCCGGUUUGUGGAGGAUCACUCGGCGCAAUUAUGGAUCAUCUGGUUUUAGGGGAAGCAGGUACGAUGCCGGUGGAGAGAAUGCGAAUGCGCCCAUGGCUGGAGGAACAGAUCAAUUCAAACACGAUACCAGGGCUAAAGUGGCUUAACAAGGAAAAGAAGAUUUUCCAGAUCCCCUGGAUGCAUGCAGCGAGACACGGGUGGGAUGUGGAAAAAGAUGCGCCACUCUUCAGGAACUGGGCGAUCCAUACAGGAAAGCAUCAACCUGGAGUAGAUAAACCCGAUCCCAAAACAUGGAAGGCAAAUUUUCGAUGCGCCAUGAACUCCUUGCCUGAUAUUGAAGAAGUUAAGGAUAAAAGUAUAAAGAAAGGAAACAAUGCCUUCAGAGUAUACCGGAUGCUGCCCUUGUCGGAGCGGCCUUCUAAGAAAGGAAAGAAACCAAAGACAGAAAAAGAAGACAGAGUUAAGCACAUCAAGCAAGAACCAAUUGAGUCAUCUUUGGGGCUUAGUAAUGGAGUAAGUGAUCUUUCUUCUGAGUAUGCGGUCCUGACUUCAGCUAUAAAACAUGAAGUGGAUAGUACGGUGAACAUCAUAGUUGUAGGACAGUCCCAUCUGGACAGCAGCAUCGAGGAUCAGGAGAUUGUCACCAAUCCUCCAGACAUCUGCCAGGUUGUGGAGGUGACCACCGAGAGCGACGAGCAGCCAGUCAGCAUGAGCGAGCUCUACCCUCUGCAGAUUUCCCCCGUGUCUUCCUACGCAGAAAGCGAAACCACGGACAGCGUGCCCAGCGACGAGGAGAGCGGCGAGGCGCGACCACACUGGCGGAAGAGGAACAUCGAAGGCAAACAGUACCUCAGCAACAUGGGGACGCGGAGCACCUACCUGCUGCCCAGCAUGGCCACCUUUGUCACCUCCAACAAGCCAGACCUGCAGGUCACCAUCAAGGAGGAGAGCUGUCCCGUGCCGUACAACAGCUCCUGGCCCACCUUCCCAGACCUGCCCCUGCCCGCCGCCGUGACGCCCACGCCAGGCAGCAGCCGGGAGACCAGGGCCAGCGUCAUCAAGAAGACGUCGGAUGUCACCCAGGCCCGCGUCAAGAGCUGUUAAGCCUUUGACUUGCCCUGGUGGUUGUUGGGAGUUCUUGGCUUUGUUUUGUUGUUUGUUUGUAUUUUAUUUUCCUCUCUGACACCUGUCUUAGACAAAUCUAAGGAAAAAGCCUUGACAAUAGAACAUUGAUUGCUGUGUCCAACUCCAGUACUGGAGCUUCUUUUUAACUCAGGACUCCAGCCCCUUGGUAGACGUGUGUCUCUAGAGCCUGCUGGAUCCCCCAGGGCUACUCCCUCGAGUUCAAGGACCAACACCCACACGGGCAGUGGAGGUGCUGCAUUGCCUGCGGUCAAGGCCAGCAUGGUGGAGUGGAUGCCUCAGAACGGACGAGAAAAUGUGAACUAGCUGGAAUUUUUUAUUCUUGUGAAUAUGUACAUAGGGCAGUACUAGCGACAUUGCAGUCUGCUUCCGCACCUUAUCUUAAAGCACUUAACGAUAGGCCUUCUUGUGAUCUUGCUCUAUUUCACGGCACACUCAGCAUCCCCGCCGCCCCCCCCCCCCAUCCCGCUGGUUCCUCCCUGAAAAGGCUGUGUUGGGCAACCCAGAGGAGGAGGAGAAAACGACCCUCCCCACAGAUGUCCCAUCUUAAGACUGCUUUAAAACAAAACAACGAAAACGAUCUUUCUAAUCUGCUAUGCUUGAAUGCCACGCGGUACAAAGGAAAACUAUCAUGGAAAUAUUAUGCAAAUUCCCAGAUUUGAAGACGAAAAAUACUCUAAUUCUAACCAGAGCAAGCUUUUUUAUUUUUUAUACGGGGGAAUAUUUUAUUCAAGGUAAAAUUCUAAAUAAAAAUAUAAUUGUUUUUUAUCUUUUCUACAGCAAAUUUAUAAUUUUAAGAUUCCUUUUCUUGUUUAUCAGCAGUUGUUAUUACAUCCUUGUGGCACAUUUUUUUUUAAUUUUGUAAAGGUGAAAAAAGCUUUUAUGAGCUCAUGUAGCAAUCAAAUUAUCCUGUGGAUUGAUAAUAAAUGAAUAUGAUAUAUAGUUAAA